AUGUCGCCAUAUCAACAUCUCUUCUCCACUAAUGCCGUCCUGGGUGUCUGGCGCAACCUCCGUAACACCAAAGAUAACAACGAUCUCUUGCUCACCUUACAGUACCACCAAGAAGAUCUCCAGAGACAAAAAGGAAAGAAAUAUACCAAAGGGGGGGUUUCAGAAAGCACACAAGAGGUUUCAGAUGGAAAGACAGUGGAUGUGGGUGGAAAGAGUAUAGGCUUCGUGGUACCAUGGCGGGCGAUGCAGAGCCAAAGACGGGAGUUGAAGGAAAGGGAAAAGGAGCUUGCUGAAGCACUAAAUCCGCUGGUCCAAAUUCGCCACCUCGCAGCCGGUCUAUCACGGCAGAUGUCCAAAAUCGAAUUUCAGAUGAUCGACAAUGCUCCCUUCGCCAAUGGCAAGAACCUUUACACGGGCGGGGAAGUGGCCCAGAAGUUUCUCCCCUCCAUCCAGACUCUCUUUGAGCAAAAGCCCGUUCCUCAGCGCAUCAUCUUCGAACUAUUGAUGGAACUGAAAGACCUAGUCUACAUGGCCAUGGCAGGCUGCUCAAAAGAAGUCUUAGAACAUGGACUAGACAGCACAGGAACCAGCUCCCUGGAAGAACUCGACGACGCAAUCGUACGAGCCAUCACACCUCCACCACACACCCUCGAAUCCCACCAGCCAAAAGAACUAGAACAAAGCCACAAACGCUCACUUCGCCGCAAAGCCUCAAGCCUCCUCUCCAAACCCCCAAAACAAGAUCACCCAGCCCCAUCUUUUCUCCUUUCCGUCUCCGAAGAACUACUCUACAACCUCGAGUCCCUCGAAACCACCGCCCUCGCAUCCACCCAGCUCCCCCUCCCUACCCCGGACUUCUGCGCCCACGCCAUUAUAACACUGCGCCGUCUUACCUCCCGCUCGCUUCUAUCCGACUUUUCACAGCAAAAGAAGAAGAGAGCGCAAAAAUGCGCGGAGUACGCGCGGUGUACCAAGUGGGCUGGAGCGCAAUGGCGGCAGAACGGCGGGUGUGGCCGGGGAUGCAAGAAUGAAGAUGAGGAUCCGGAGGGUUUGCCGAGUUGGCAUAGGUGUAGUCGCUGGUUUGAUGAGAGAGGCGGUGGGACGUGUAUGGUUGGUGGGGGGAGGGCGGUGGAGAGGGAGGAUGGGUUUGGGGUUGUUAGGAUGACGGCGGUGUGA